CCUCAUUUGACACCUAGAAAACAUGGAUGUAUCCUCAUCCUCGCUCCAGUACGUCAAAAAGCGGGUUAAGAUUCAUCCCAACACAGUAACAGUGAAAUACGCCACCCACUUCCCCCAGCCUGGUGAUGAAGGGUACGAUGAUGCACCCUCUUUUGAGGACUUUGGCACCUUCGCAGAAGCAAAUGUGGGAAAGAGACUGGUGUCAGACAGCAAAGGGGGCAGGACUUUCUUUGGAACCAUGGAGACUCAGCCUAAGCAGCCAAGUGUGCAAAGAGACAAGGGAGUUGAGGGCCAGCUGGCUAGCUUCGGCGAAGCGAAUGUCUUGGCCUCCAGAGUGACCUGGAUGGCCUUGUUUGGGGCGGCGGUGGCUCAUGGUUGUGUGGCGCUGAUUACUCGUUUAGCAGCUGACCGCUCUAAAGUUCCCUCUCUUGAGCUGCUCUUCAUCCGCUCUGUGAUCCAAGUGCUGUCCAUUUUAGUAGUCUUCUACUACCACGAGGCCCCCUUCGGCCCUAAGGGCUACCGACUGCGUCUCUUCUUCUACGGUGUUUGCAACGUCAUCUCAAUCACCUGCGCCUACACGUCCUUCGCCAUAGUACCACCCAGCAACGGCACCAUCAUGUGGCGCGCCUCCACCACAGUCUUCAGUGCAAUACUGGCCUUCUUGCUGCUGGAUGAGCGGCUGGGCUACACAGAUGUGGUCACGGUGGUGGGAAGCGUGUUCGGUCUGUGCCUCGUCAUGGUGCCAAAUGUGGCAGAUGAGGAGAAGUCCAGGCUGGGGUUUUGGAAGGAGGCCUUUGGCUACACAAUGACAGUGAUGGCCGGCUUGACUGCUGCCCUCUCCAUGAUCGUCUACAGAGCCAUUAAGGAGCGCGUCAGCAUGUGGACGGCACUCUUUACCUUCGGCUGGACGGGCACAGUGUGGGGGGCCUCCACCAUGUUUAUCAUGCAGGAGCCCAUCAUUCCUCUGGACGGAGAGACCUGGGGCUAUUUAAUUGGGAUCUGUAUCUGCUCCACCGUGGCAUUUCUCGGAGUCUACUAUGCUCUGAAUAAGUUUCAUCCAGCCUUAGUUAGCACCGUGCAGCACCUUGAGAUCGUGGUUGCCAUGUUUCUCCAGCUCAUUGUUCUGAGGAUGAUCCCGUCUGUGUAUGAUGUCAUCGGAGGCCUGGUGAUCAUGAUCAGCGUGUUCACUCUGACAGGAGUCAAGCUGUACAGGGUGAGCAGGGCCAUUCGGCAGGAUUAUCAAGAGAUCCUGGACUCGCCAAUCAAAUAAAUUAAGAUCUGUCAGUCUAUUUGUUUACAGUGUUGCUUGGGUGUGCAAUUUAAAGAAUGUCUGGAUCUUCAUCUGAUCAUUUUUGUAUUGUUGUGUUGUCGAAAGAGUGCCAGUUGUGUAACUAAUGUCUUAAUAUUUGUGUGUGAAAUAAAAGACAAAUGUAAUAUGGUGAACAUAUCCCCUGAUAGUUCUGUUUUAAUGUCAAAUUGUGUCAUGGACCAAAAAUUCUGCAACAAAGAAAAAAAAAUACAAGAGUGAAUUUGAUUUGUGUGAUUUACUAUGCUCCGACAUUUCAAAUAAUACCGAGCAUAUUGAAUCUGGUCUUGUGAGUGGCAGUGUAAAAUCAUAACAUCAACAAGGUGUGGUGUAUCCCUGUGUUGUCACACUGCCACACUUGUCACACUGUGUAAAUGUCAGCAAAGAACUCAUUCAUAGUGCGUGCAAUGAAUGAAAGAAUAAAAAUACAUACCACCCAUG